CUCAAAAACAUCACUUAAUCUAAAUUUAAGCUAAAUUAAUAUAACGAAACCCAUCGAAUUCGAUUUAAUAAGUCCCAAUUUAUUAAAAUCAAAAAUUAUUAAUCCUAAAAUCGUUUUCAACGCAGAUUCGUUUUGUGCAAUAAAUAAUUAUUUAUAUGUGUGUGUGUGUCAAUCAAAAUCUCGUCUGUUAAAAUGAGAAUUUCUUAACAAGUACUCGAGAGUUUUUCCACGAAAUAAUCCCGAAAAUUAACGAUUAAAAGGUAAAGGACAACAUUAAAGGUGAUAAACGAAACGAUCCGAGGUAAAAAUCGUUGAGAUUCGUUUAAAAUGAAUUUGCUGUAUCAUAUUGAAAAUAAGUAACGGGUGGUGAUUACGAUGUCUUUAAAGCCCAAAAGCGUCGAUUUUAACGCUAUUUGGGGCGCAAUCCAAGAAACCAUUCGAGGGGUCAUUACUUUAGCCGAUGUUCCAAGAACCGUUUGGAGCGAUCGGUUCUCUGAUGUGUAUUCGUUAUGUGUGGCUCACCCUGACUCGAUGGCUGAUCGGCUGUAUGCCGAAACUAAACAGUACCUAAUUGAUCAUGUCAGUAAGUUAUUAGACCAUGUUUUGGAGGACGAUGAGACCCAAUUGGUUAAAAAUUAUUACGUUUAUUGGUCGCAAUAUUCGAAGGGAGUCGGAUAUUUACACUCUUUGUAUUUGUACUUAAAUCAACAACACAUCAAAGCACAAAGAAUGUCUGAUGCUGAGAUGAUUUAUGGAACUGCAGAUACAACAGGUUUGGAAACUUAUCUUAAUUAAAAAAAAAAUUAAUUUUGUGAAAAAAUUGUUGGUUUAAUUCAAAUUUUGGGGUUAAUUUUAACAGUAAGUAUGUGUAAAGUUAACAUUUGAGUGAAUAUGAAUGUGCUGAAGAUAAUUUUUGUAUUUUUUCAAGACUAAAUUGAGAUAAUGAAGCUUAUUUAGGUUUCAUUAAUCCAUAAUGAGCCAAAUUCAAGUUUGUAUCAACUAAGUAGAAAAAUGGUUUGUUAUUUUAUUUGGAUAUGAUUUGUUUUAACAUAUUCCUUAUUUUUUGCAGCUUGCUUAAGAGCUUACCCUACUUUAUAUGGGUUACUAAAACAUAUUGAGUAAAAAUUUAACAAUAAGAGUGCUUUAGAUUGAGAUAUUAAGCUUUUCGAGCAGAUGGGAAUCAUUUGUCUGUGGAAGCUGAGGGAGUGGUUCUAAGAUUACAGAGCAAUAAGUAAAGGUUUCUUAUUAAUAAUGAUGUAUUAUUAGUAGCUGUGCUGCCAGGGCAGUGAUUUUAAGAUUACAGAGCAAUAAGGAAAGGUUUCUUAUUAAUAAUGAUGAAUCAUUAGCAGCUGAGGCAGAAGCUCACAUAUUAUACCUCGACCUAUAAAAUCUAUUGUAACUUAAGCCCUCCAAAAGUUUAGGGCAAAUGAUGAACCUUAAUAUUGCUUCAAAGUCUAGUUCCUUUAUUUCGGUAGGUGUCUAGUGAACUUUACCGAAAAUGUUGUGUCUUUCCAGCCUAAGGCUACCUUUGAGGCCUCUCAAAGUAGUCCACAGCCGCCUUUGUAGUCCACAGCCGGGUUAGGGUCCAAUAAAGGGCUUCUUCUUUGGCCAACUUGUCCGCCACUUCGUUGCCUUCAAUGUAUUUCUGACCUGGAAUCCUAUUGGCAGGUAGACAGGUGCUAGAGUCAGUAUUGUUUUCUUCUUUGUUAGGAAGCAUUGAAUCCUCUCUACAAUGGAGUCUUGAUUUGAUUUUUCCGACAGGAAAUACGCGGAGAUGUGUCUGGGAACGUAGAUUGUACGUCUCGGUCGAUCCUGAGUGCCAACCAGGAUCGAGUGAAACCAGAAGCAUUUGAGUUAGUAGUCCAUGACUCUUGAAUCAGGGCAAUGGUAUUUUGCAUCAUGCCAAAGUGCUUGCAUAAUACUGCACUUGCAGCCCUGCCACGGUGCAAGUUGCUUUGUAUUACCUUUAAUGUCUUAAGUCCUCUCCAAACUCCUCUCUAUGAAUCUGGAUUUGGGGAGUAGGUAGGAGCAGGGCCGGCGCGACAUAAGCGAAAUUUAGGCGGUUGCCUAGGGCGCGCGAGUUGGGGGGCGCAAAAUUUUGGCGCACGAGAAAAAAAGCCAAAUUAAUCUUAAUUGGGCCAAAUUUUUAACAAAAGCGACCACUGUAUUAGGCAACCUUUAACAAUUGUACGUAUUACAUACUCGACCGGACUAUAAGGACUAUGUAUAAUAUUUUUAAUUUUAACGUGGUUUUCAAUUAGUGUAUUGCCUGAUCUUUUUUACAUUCUCUAAUGGUCUCUAAUGUCUCUAAAGGAAGUAGACAUAAAUAUAACCUUACUUCCUAUUGCUUUCACGGGAACCCCGGAAUACCAGUGUAAUACGUACCACCGUCAACGCAAGAAAUGUCACUAGAAUUAAAUAGCUAACCUAUAAAAUUUAGCAGUAGUUCUACGUGUAGUCGGAUCGCAUUUUUCCAAAAAACCUUUAUUAUUGUGUUGUGAUUUAAAACAUUUGGUAAGUGUGAAAAUAUUAUGACGUUAAAAUUAGUUAAAAUAUCGACGGAUUUUUAAAACAUCAGAACAUCGUAAACAACACUGAGAAAAUUUCACAAAAAUUGUUUUUUAAUAACUGUCUUAUUUCAAUGAAAACUCAUUAAACCUCUUGCCCACAAAAAAAACAUGCUGUAAGAUAAAGCAGUUAAAAAAUCGAUUCUUGUAAAUUUUUCUCAAUGUCGUUUACGGUGUUCUGCGUUCUGUUAAAAACCUAUCGAUGUCUUCCUCCAAAAGUGUUCUAUGAAUACCACUUGCAAUAGGUGAUGUUCGCUUUUCAAGAAUAAUCAAAGUAUUCUUUCAAUAGAACUGUCAUGGCUGAUGCUAGUAAGCCUAAGCGACCUUCUGGGUCGCAAAACCGAAAACGGAAAGCGGAAAAAGAGAAAGAAAGUGCCAAAUUAAAAAGAUCUCUCCUUGUUUUUCUUCAAAGAGAAGAUAAAGAAAAUACGGAUAUUCUAACAGAGACAAGUGAAUGCAGUACUUCUACUACGGAGCAGGGAACAGAAGCAGUACACGGUGAAAAUUUAAAGGAUGAAGGAACAUCAAAUACAUCGGCAUACGUUUCCAUUGAUUAUGACGAUCCUGGUACCUGGCCUGAUUCUAUAAAUGAUCAUUUGCGACAAAUGAUUGUCUCACGCGGCCCUCAACAAAAUAUUCCAAGUCAGUUUCCCAAAGAUAAAAACAACCGUAGGUUUACCACGGUUCACUUCAAUAGACAAAUGUGUAAUGGAGAAAAAAUACCAAGGAAAUGGUUAGUUUAUUCUCCAUCAAAUAACACAGUUGUAUGUUUUUGCUGCAAGUUAUUCAAGAAAAAACAAAAAUCUGCAUAUACCUCACUGUGCCGAGAAGGAAGUAACGACUGGAAAAACAUGAGCACCAUCCUCUCUUCCCAUGAGCGCAAUGUAAAUCACAUUGACAAUUGUCAAGUUUGGCGAGAAUUAGAAGUUCGCCUACGUGAAAAUAAAACCAUUGACGCCAUGCACCAAAAGAAAAUUAAACAACAGGAGAGCUAUUGGAAACAAAUUUUACAUCGUUUAAUAGCCUUGGUGAGAACUCUGGGUGGACAAAACUUGGCCUUUCGCGGUUCAAAGGAUAAAUUAUAUGACCAUAAUAACGGCAACUAUUUAAAAUUUAUUGAAUAUCUUGCAUUAUUCGAUCCAGUCAUGAAUGAACAUUUGCAAAAAGUUAAAGAUGCUAAAUUAUUUGUUCAUUAUCUCGGCAAGGAUAUUCAGAAUGAACUUAUACAACUGCUAUCACGAGCUAUAAGAGCAAAAAUUUUGAAUAGUGCUAAAUUAGCCAAAUAUUAUUCAAUCAUAUUGGAUUGUACUCCUGACAUCAGUCAUACGGAACAAAUGACAAUUAUAAUAAGAUUUGUUGAUGUAAUGGAUGAAGAAACACAACAACCUGACGUGGUCAUACGGGAGCAUUUUCUUGGGUUUGUGCCACUACAAGAAACAACAGGUGCUUUCAUAUCAAAAACAAUCGUGGAUGAACUCGAACAAAUGGGAUUACAAAUUGAUAACUUACGAGGGCAAGGAUACGAUAACGGAAGCAACAUGAAGGGCAAAAUAAAUGGAGUUCAACGAAAAAUCAUUGAAAAAAACCUACGCGCAUUCUUUGUUCCAUGCAAUGCCCAUUCCUUGAAUUUAGUGGUGAAUGAUUGUAGAGGCUACAAUUUUUUUUAACAUUGUACAAAAAAUUUAUACUUUUUUCGCUGGUUCUACAAAACAUUCUUCAAAAACAUGCAGCAAAUUUGACUA